AUGAAGUUCCUCGCCGCCGUCAUCUCGCUCGCCACUGUGGCCGUUGCCAGUGUUCCUGGCAUCCCCUCCGAGGCCACCGCCAGAUCUCUCCUGUCUGAGCUGGCUGUUGCGCAGUCAGUUGACAAUGGUGGCUAUUCUCGCGAGCUUUUCCCUCACUGGAAGGCUGUGUCUGGCGAGGCUGAAUGCACCGCUCGUCAAGUGACGUCGCUGACGAUUUCUGGCAGCGAGUAUGUGCUACGACGUGAUGGGAACAAUGUCGUAACGGGUAGCGACUGCUAUCCCACCAGUGGAAGCUGGACAUGCCCAUUCGACGGCAAGACUCACACCGUUCCGAGUCAAGUUUCGAUUGACCACCUGGUCCCCUUAAAGAAUGCCUGGAUUUCUGGCGCCUCAAGCUGGACCACGACCCAGCGCCAGGCUUUCGCCAACGAUAUCAAGGGCCCUCAGCUCUGGGCUGUCACUACCACCACCAACUCCCAGAAGGGUGACAAGAGCCCUGACAGCUGGAAGCCUGCUCUGACCGGUAUCCACUGCGACUAUGCUGCAGCUUGGGUCCAGGUCAAGAGCAGCUACAGCCUUACUGUCACUGCUGCUGAGAAGUCUGCCCUUGAGAGCAUGCUGGACUCUUGCUAG